AGCGACGUAAUCGUACAACUACAUCGACACAGCACAAAGUCUUUCACGAGUAUGCACCGAAAAUUGGGAGUACAGUUUUGAUAAAAUUAAAUAAUAUUUUCAACAAAUAUUCAGCUUGAAGAACUUUCAACGAAAUUAAAAUAAAAACUCAUACAACUUGAAGCAAUUUUCUGUUAUUGUUACAAAAUAUUCCACGACGGUCAUGGCUGAACGAAAAAGGGUACAACCACAACCAGAAGAAAGAAAUGAGCCAGAGUCAAAGCGCUCACGAACUGACGAUCAUAAAGGCCCAGCAAAAAAUACAAUGAAACUGACGGAUGUGAUCGAUGAUUGCCUUGAGCAUGUAUUUAUGGAUUUGAGUCUCGAAGACCUCUUGAACAUUGCCGAUACCAACAAAGAACUGAAACCGGCCGCAGACAUGGCAUUCCGGCGAAAAUUUGGAAAGAUGGAAUUCCAACUAGACAAAGAUCGAUUUCAAUGCGCUAUAAAACUCGGUGAACACAUUGUAAUCAACGAUAAGAAGACCCAGUUGCAAUUGUUGAGGUGUUUUGGUCAUUCGGUCACCAAGCUGGUACUACGACCUCCUGGUGUAUUUAGUAGGAGGCUGAUUAGCUAUGCUAAUAAAUUCUGUUUCAAUUCGCUAACUGACAUCAAGAUUAUGCACUUUGAUUUCACCAGAAAUAACUUUCUAAAUAAACUAGGAGAAAAAACUGUUUGUGGUUUUUCACAAAACAAAUUUAAACUAAAGAAACGAUUUCGAAACGUUGAAGUUGUUUCAUUAAGCAGUUGCCAAUUGUAUGCAGAUACGAAUUUAAAAAAAUUGUUUCCGGCAAUGCGUCGUUUGGAUUUAUUUAAAUGUUCUACGGUUACUGAGGAAACAUUAAUCGUGAAGAAUACACCAAAAUUGGAACAUUUGGAAAUGACUUGCGACCGCCGUAUAUCAGCCGAAAAUAUUUGCACCACCUUACGAAGUAAUCCACAACUGCGCAGCUUAUCCCUGAUUGGUAUUGUUCCACCCAAAGAUUUUUGGAACAUAUGCCAAACACUUUACCAACUAGAAUCUCUUCGAUUCGAUAGUAUAUAUUGUGUCAAAUUCAAACAUGCUGACAUCCCGAUCAAUUUACCUACGUUGGAAAAACUGGAUAUUAACAUUGGAAAAAAAGAUCAGCGUUUGAUGACAUCAGAAAAAAAUAAGAUAACGUUUGGUCAACUUAAAGAAAUCAAAUUGGAAUGCAUGUAUAGUGGUUGGUUGCCAUCGAUUAACUCACACAAAUGGUCAAACUUCUUCAAAAAAAAUAAAUUGAUCGAAAAAAUGACAUUGUGGUUUUAUGAAACCGACAUAAACAUUUGCGAAACCAUCAUAACUGAAGCUGCACAAGAAUUGCCAUUGUUGAACGAAUUCAUCCUUUAUGGUCGUGAUUUCUCAGUUGAGGAAAUACUUCGUUUCAUCGGAAAAUUCAAUAUGAUGAGCUAUGGUUUCGAAAUGGAAAAUGUGGAUGAAUUCUAUAACCUGAAAGAGCGUCUAGGCGUAGAAUGGACUGCAUCAAUCGAUGAUGCAUGGGCUGCUUUUGUUAUUAAUGUCAGUCGCAAGUUGUGACGGUUAACUUCCAUAAUUCUUCAAUACAAACAGUUUAGACAUUAGGCGAUCAGCAACAUUUAAUUUAAAAAUUAAAUCGUAAUUACUGCACAAUUUUAAUAUUUUUCAAGGACAGAUUCAUCAAAUAGAAUAAUAACUUUUCUCCCAUUUUUCAACGUUGAGUUCUUUUAUAAUAAAAAAAAACUGCUGACUGUAAAAAGAGAUAUGUUUUCAAAGCGUUGCAAUAGAACGCGUCUGGUUAGGUUGAGUGUAUAAACCGAGAAGGUUUUUAAUAAAUUAAUAAUGCAUUGUCCAAACGUCAUAGGUCAGUUAAUUGUCAUACGUGUCCAAUUGUCAUAUACAAUUAAUAAUAUUACAAAAUAUUACCAUAUUUUCAACAAGUUUCAACAUCUAUAAUAAUAAACAAUAUUGCGACUCAAUAAAUUGUUAAUCUUCAAAA